AUGCUACCAAGGGCGGACGAAUCCCCAGUUUGGAUCUACCUUAGAUCUGGUAACGUUUACCGUUUGCCAUCUUUCAUUUCCUUAUCACCGAAGAAGGCCGGGAAUCUCCUUGAAAAAUGUCAAUGUAACUCUGUACCGUUAUCGUACCACCUAAAGGCCCUUGCAAGCUGCCAGAAUGCAGAUAGUAACGUUCGGCAAGGUGUUGACUGA